UAAACAGUUGCCUGAGUGGCUCCCGUGAGAGAGGGACAGGGAGAACUCAGCGGCGAAAAUGCAGAUCUUUGUGAAAACCCUAACUGGGAAGACGAUCACUCUCGAGGUUGAGAGCAGUGACACCAUCGACAAUGUCAAGGCCAAGAUCCAAGACAAAGAAGGAAUCCCUCCGGAUCAGCAAAGGCUUAUCUUUGCCGGCAAGCAGCUCGAGGAUGGAAGGACACUGGCGGACUACAACAUCCAGAAAGAAUCCACUCUUCAUUUGGUGCUGAGGCUGAGGGGAGGUAUUAUUGAGCCGUCGUUGAUGGCUUUGGCCCGGAAGUACAACCAGGACAAGAUGAUCUGCAGAAAGUGCUAUGCACGCCUGCACCCAAGGGCUGUGAACUGCCGGAAGAAGAAGUGUGGACAUAGCAAUCAACUGAGGCCUAAGAAGAAGAUCAAGUAAGCAAUGAUGCCCGUUGCCAAGCUACAGUGGAUCUUGGGUUGCCCUGAAGCCAAAUCAUUAUUAAUUGCUAGCUUGAAAGUUAUCAUUGUGAUUCAGAGCUCUACUUAGUUUGCGCAGCACUCUAGAGAUCAUCAUUAAACAUGUUUAUUUUUUUCCAUCUUUGCCAUAUUUGUACUUAGAGGUACUAAGUAUUAUGUUUAUCGGCUUAGUAAUGAGUUCUGUUGAUUUUGAAAAUUAUUGUUUUGUUUGUUUGUUGUGCUACACUUGUUUGUCUGUUGUGCUACAUUUGUUUGAUGCUAGAGAUGUCAAUGGAGGCGGAGAUUUAGUGGGGAA